AUGAAUCAAGAGAAGGAUAACAUUACGAGCAGUACUUGCACAGAGAGUCAUAAUGAUGAAGGGGUAAAUCAACAAAGUGAAACAAUUAGAAACCCGAACAGUAGCACAUGUAGGAGUCCAAACAGUAGUUGUAAUAUCAAGAUUGAUAACAAACAUGAAGGAUUGUGUGAGGACGACCGAAAAGGUGGAGAUAUGGAGAAAAAUGCAGAAAAAGAAGAUACAGAAAUAGGCAAUGAUGUAACCAAGAGCGAAGAAUUUAUAGAAGAAGAGAUUGAAGAAACAUUGCAGGGUUCCCGUUCUACCAGCGGAAAUGAAGAUAAUGCAAAAAGGAGAAUAGAAAAAUGGGCGAAGGAAAAAAAAAAAAAGGAAACGAAAAAGAAAGAGAAAGAAGCAGACUUCGGAGAGGAGGAGGAGGAAGAAAAAAAAAAAAAAAAAAAAAAAAAAAAAAAGAGAGAGAGAAAGAAAAUAGAAAAAGAGAAGGAGGAGAGAGAAAAAGAAAAAGUAACGAUGAAAAGGAAAAAGAAGAAAAAAUUGCAAAUGAAAGAGCAUGAUAAUGAAAACGUGAGAGCUCAAAUAAGUCAAGGGAAAAAGAAGAAAAAACAGCAAAGAAAAUUGGAAAAGAAGAAGAUGCGACAGCAGGGGUCCGAAAUGUCGGAACUACAAGCUGCAGUAACGAGAAGAUCAAAUAAAGGUGAUCUAAAAAAGGAUGUGGAAGUCCUAAAAUUUAACGGAAUAAAACGAAGAGGGGAAAAAAUGACCAGAAAGGAAACAGAAUAUGAGGACAGCACGGGAAGUGAAAUUAACGGUUCCAACAUUACCAGUGUCAACACCAAAAGGGGUAGUAACAUUUUUGCCAACGAAGAAAUUGAAGAGAGUGAUGAUGAAUACAAUCUAAACACGCUUGGGAAUUUCGACCUAAAGUAUUACGAUGACUUGGAUAUUAUAGGAUAUGACAUCAUGGGAAACAAAAUUCAUAAGAAGGAUGAGAACACCAUUGACGACUUUAUAGAAUCACAAACGGACAAGAACGCUUGGAGGAAAAUUAAAGAUAAAAAAAACAAUCGAAUUAUAGAACUGACAGAUCAAGACCUGGAAAUUAUAAGAAGCAUUAGAGAAAACAGAGUGGCAACCCGUUUGAAGGAAACAAAUUAUGUGUAUGAAAAUGAAAAGGAUGAGUACAAAUUAGGUACGAAGGAAACACCUAAUUUAAAGUAUAAACAAUCAAAAGAAGAGAAAAAAAGAAUUCAGAAAAUAAUGAAUUAUCUAAUUAAUAAAGAAAAAUAUCCAGAAAAAUAUAAAAAUGAAGAAGAUAAAAGCAAAUUAUUAUACGAUUUAUGGAAUAAUAAAAUUUUUGAUGAAUUUAAUAAUGUGAAUGAAAUUAAUUUACCAAACAUAUUACCAGGUCAUAAAUAUAGCUAUAACCCCCCACCAGAAUUAAUGUAUAGCGAGGCAGAAAAAAAGAAAAUUAUGAAACAUAAUAAUAAUACAUUUAUUCCUCACAAUUUUGAAAAAAUAAGAAAUAUAGAAUUUUACAAAAAAACAUAUUUCGAAUUAUAUCAGAGAUGUUUAGAUAUAUACUUAUGUUCGAGAUCAUUAAAAAAUGUGUUACAUAUAAAAAAAGAAGACCUAUUACCAAAAUUACCAUCAACUAAAUCUCUAAGACCAUAUCCUGAGCAUCCAAUUGUAAAGUAUAUCAUGAAUGAUGAUUUGAGUUCACACAAUUCUGAUAAAAACAAAUACCUCAGUCAGAUAGAUAUAAGUGAAGAUAACCAUAUUGUGUAUACAAUUCAAUACAACAAGUUGUACAUUUUUGACAUAUUAACAUCCUACAAUAUUGCAACGAUUGACCUUGUGCACUACUACAAUGCAGCAAUUCCAAAGAAAAAAAAUUUGGAACAUUUUUUUGAUAAUAUUCGAAUAAAGGUAAAUAAGGCCUAUGACAUUGUGGCUGUAUCUUGUGCAAAUAUUAUUUUCCUCUUUCAUUAUGAAAGCUUUGUGCCACCAAUCAAAUCAUCAAGUACAGAUAAUAUCGAAGAAAUAUACCGAAAGGAUUCGAAAAGGAGUAAAAAUUCUUUUGAGGAAAACUAUAAAAAAGAGGACAAAAAGGACAACAAAAGCCACGAAUCUCUAUCAGAAGAACCUGACAGUGAUGAAGGAAUGGAGGAUUUAUCGGAUGAUGAAGAUUUCGACGGAAUCCAGGAGAACGAAUUCAGUGAAGAUGAUGAAAGCAUCGAUGAGGACAGUGAUCACGAAAACCAUAAGGACGAAUUAGGAAAAAAUGAAAAAGAUACAGAAGAGAUGCUGUCAAGAAAGAAAGGCGAAUUUUUAAGCAGAAAUAUGGUUUAUUAUAAAACUAAAGGACUAAUUGGUGCAUUUCACAAAAAUUUUAAAAAUUCUGAUGAAUAUGUAUACGCCCAAGGAGUGGAAGUGAAAUGGAAACACAUCAAAUCGAAUGAUCGGAAGAUAAAGUACUGCGUCGCAAUUCAGCAUGAAGGAAAAAUAAAAUAUUUCUCGUGGAAUAAAAAUGGAAAUUACCUGUCAGUAACAUGCUUAAGAAAAGUUGGACAAUACCACUACUGCUAUUUGCACCAUUUAAAAUCAAUGAAGUCGAUAAAACUGAUAAAAAAGUACAAGCAGAAGAGAGGGGAUAUUGUUCAGUCCUUGUUUUUUCCUUCUAGCCCGUAUUUCAUGGUUGCUUAUCAGAAUAGCAUAACAAUAUACAAUUUAAAAGCCAAAUCCAAAAAAGGGAGAAUUGUAAAAAAACUGAGAGGAGUACAAAAUAUAACAUGUGUAGAUGUACAUAUAAACGAAAGCUACAUAUUAGUCUCGGACGAGAAGGGGAAUGUGUUCAUUUUUGAUUUAGACCUUUCUUGUAACCCGUACAAGAAAUUUCAUCUCCAGUCGUGUUCUAUGAAGAAGGUGGAAUUUCAUAAAAAGUACAAUUUGUUUUACACGUUAAGUUCAAAUGGAGCAGUGAAUUUAUUUUAUUCCAAAUUUUUUCAAGACUAUGUAACCAAUCCUGUUUUGUUACCAAUUAAGCAAUUAUCGAAUGGGUCAAAGAUUAGUGAUGUUACAUGGUCAGGUAAAAAUCCAUGGCUUUUUGCACACACGGAAGGAAAUUUCUCUGUUUUAUACACAUAA